AUGGUGAUGACGAGGUCACGAACAGAAGCGGGCGUAGGUUCUCGAACUCCUGUAGACCAGUCCGGGUAUCAGGAUGAACGGUGGAGGAGAAUCAAGGUUCACCAAGACGAAGAUGUGUGGAUUCAGCAAAUGAAGAAGGUCCUAAAAGGGGACGUAUCAGAUCUUCCACGGAACCAGAUUAAGAAGAUUGCGGGGGUCUCCGAUCAGUUUGUGCUGGAUUCGCGAGAAGUCCUCUACAGGCUGAGCACACCCACUCCUGAGAGACCUCGCAACAAGCAGUCGGAACUCAGACUUUACGUGCCGACAUGUUACAUUACUCGCACGAAGACUUCCAAGGCGGACACCAAGGAAUCAACAGGACAUUUGAGCGAUUACGUUCAGAGUUCUACUGGAUCGGGAUGUAGGCUGACGUACAGAAAUUGUGCGUCAGCCAAGGGGCGACCACCGGUCAUUGGCCCGUCACCUGGCAAUAUCGAACCGAGAUAUCCGUUCGAGGUGGUCUCUAUGGACUUUGUCACUGAGCUACCUGAGUCGGAUCGUGGAAAUACCUACUUGUUGCUGUUCCAAUAUCAAUUCUCAGGAUAUGUCAUGUGUAAACCCAUGCGGAAUACCGAAGCCCAAGAUGUUGCUGAGGCAUACGAA